ACUUGACCAAAGCACGAGACCAAAUCGCUUCUGUUCGUAGCUGUUCGUGUGUUCUGUGCUUUUGUUUACACUCUGCAAGUGUGACAUGAGAAAGUGUGAACACAGUAGACAUUAAGAUUUAAGCAAUACUGGCUUUGUAAAGUUCUCCUGACAGCUCUGUCGCGGAUCUCAUCAUAAGGAGCUGGGCAUCAUGAGGAUCUACUGGCACAUGGAGAACUGGUGCCUCAUGAGCGGACUGUGUGCUUUUGUGCUGCUGAUAGUGGGACUGACAGCUGACAUCUCCGCUCAUCACUCACCUGACGGGAGGCAACUAAAAAGUGUGCUCAACAAACUGGAAUACUACCACACCAUGGUACCACUACUGCUGGAAGGAAAAGAGCAGCGACCAAUCAGCUGGCUCCGCUCCAGAACGCCUCCUGCUUCGCUGCGCAUCCUGAUCAAAGCAGAAGGACAACAGCUGAUUUUAACUGUGAAAAAGAACCACGGCCUCUUUGCCAGCCAUUACACUGAGACACAUUACAGGGAAGAUGGACAAACUGUUAUGAGCACUCACAACUCUACGAUGAAUUGCUAUUACCACGGUGAAGUCCAAGGAUACGCACACUCUGAUGUCAGCCUCAGUACAUGCACUGGUAUCAGAGGGUUUAUCUUACUUGAAAAUAAAACACUGAUGGUGGAGCCAGCUUUUGAGCCAGCAAAUGACACCCAUGCGAUUUAUGAAGGACAUCACCUACACUUCCUCUCCGGGACCUGUGGACACGGACACAACAUAUCGACUGUCAGCUAUAUGAGUGCUGGAGGACUGCCACAAUCAUUCAGCACAAGGCAUAAACGGGAUGUUCAGAAGACCACCAAAUAUGUGGAGCUCAUCAUUGUAGCAGACAACAGGGAGUUCCAGAAACAAGGAAAAGAUGUGGAGAAGGUUAAGCAAAGGCUAGCAGAGAUUGCAAAUUACGUGGACAAGUUUUACAGAAUGCUGAACAUUCGUGUAGCUCUAGUUGGACUGGAGGUGUGGAGUGAUGUCGAUAAGUGUGCAGUUACCCAAGACCCCUUCACAACCCUGCAUGAGUUUUUGGACUGGAGAAAACUUAAACUGCUGCCGCAGCAGCCACAUGAUAACGCCCAGCUUAUUAGUGGGGUGCACUUCCAGGGCACUACAAUAGGCAUGGCUCCCAUCAUGAGUAUGUGUACCGCUGAGCAGUCAGGAGGCAUUGUUGUGGAUCACUCAGACAAUCCUCUGGGAGCUGCUGCGACUUUGGCACAUGAGUUAGGCCAUAACUUUGGAAUGAACCAUGACACACCAGAGCGAGGAUGUGGCUGUAGGAUGACCGUAGAUCGUGGCGGCUGCAUCAUGACCCCCUCUACAGGGUACCCAUUCCCCACUGUGUUCAGUACGUGUAGUAAGAAGGAUCUGGUGGCUAGUCUGGAGAAAGGAGUGGGCAUGUGUUUAUACAAUAUGCCUGAAGUCAAAUUGCUCUACGGAGGACAGAAAUGUGGCAACGGAUACAUUGAGGAAGGAGAGGAGUGUGACUGCGGAGAGACGGAGGAGUGUCUAAACCCCUGCUGUAACGCUAAAACCUGCACUCUCAAGGGAGAUGCUGUAUGUGCCCAUGGCCAGUGCUGUGAAGACUGCCAGUUAAAACCAGCUGGGACUCCUUGUAGAGAGUCCAGUAACUCCUGUGACUUACCUGAGUUUUGCACCGGAACAAACCCCCAUUGCCCUGCCAAUGUGUACCUGCACGAUGGACACGCGUGCCACAAUAUGGAUGGUUACUGUUACAACGGCAUCUGUCAGACUCAUGAGCAGCAAUGCAUCACUCUGUGGGGACCAGGAGCGAAACCUGCCCCGGGAAUCUGUUUUGAAAGAGUAAACUCUGCAGGUGAUCCCUAUGGAAAUUGUGGAAAAGACUCCAAAGGUUCCUUUGCUAAAUGUCAAGCAAGGGAUGCUAGGUGUGGGAAAAUUCAGUGCCAAGGAGGUGCCUACAGUCCAGUGAUCGGAACCAAUGCAGUGUCAAUAGACACCACCAUACAUCCGCAGGAGGGUGGGAAUAUUCGGUGCCGUGGAACACACGUGUACCUUGGUGAUGAUAUGCCUGAUCCAGGACUGGUAUUGGCAGGCACAAAGUGUGCUGAGGGAAUGAUCUGUUUGAACAGGCAGUGUCAGAAUGUCAGUGUCUUUGGAGUGCACAAGUGCUCCAGGAAGUGUAAUGGAAGAGGGGAAUGCAACAACAAGAAGAACUGCCACUGUAAAGCCCACUGGGCACCUCCUUUCUGUGAUAGGGCAGGGUUUGGCGGCAGCAUCGACAGUGGGCCAAUGAGACAAGCCGAUGUGCGAGUGUGUGUAUUAAUGUGCGUGCUGUCAUAUGUGACAACAGCUGACAGUAGCGCUGUGGCCUUGGGUGUGCUGGUCACCCUUCUUUGCUUGCUGUCUGUGGGACUGAUUGUGUGCCUGAAGAGGAAAGCACUGGUUCAAAUGCUCUGCAUCAAUAAGAAGAGUGCCAUUCAAAAGCUCAGAUCAGUAGGACAAAAACGAGCACACAGCCCCCCACAGACACAGUCAGUCUUCAGAGUCUCGCCUCAGCAAAAGCCCACCUCUUUACCUUUACACUCCUGCUGUGACAAGAUGUCUCAUCCCAGUUCAGAGCCUCUCCUUUCUCCACAUAACUUCUAUAGUUUGCAUCGGCUGCCUGAACGUCCCCCUUGCUGUCAGCCCGUCCACAUCAGCCACCCAAUGCCCAUCACAGGUCUGCAGCCUCUGCCCUCAGUCCCGCCUCACAGGACUCUAGUGUCCCACACACACUCACCAGGUAGAGCGGCAGGCUUUUACACCCUCCCUCACCAGCUGCCCUACACUAACAUCCAGGACCAGGACAAGCUUAGUCCCCCGCAGAAACCACUUCCUGCAGACCCCUUGAUCAGAGGCCAAGGGGUGGGUCGAAGCAUGUCCGUGGUGUUAGAGCGGAUACAUGGACCUCUAGCCAUCCCGAUUCCUACAGUACCACGACCACCCCCUGCCAUACCACUGCCAAACAGACCUCUUCCCAGAUUACCACAGCCCUUUUGUGAUCACUGAUACAUGGACACCACAGCACUGGGUGAAUUUCACCAGCACCUAACACACUUGUUUGCACUAUGAAAACUGUUGGACCAAGUGACCACCCUUGCAGAAACUCCACGUAGGGUCUCACAGAGAAGAGGGCUAACCGAACACCUUGGUGCUGCGCCUCCUCAGAAAAGGUGUUUGUUUGUCCUCACUCAGGUACUGCAGAAGUAUUUAAGAUGUAUAUUUAUUGUGAGGAGGAAACUAUGUGCUGUGCUUGACACUUU